AUUUACAUUUUUUUCAAAGAUCAAUAAGUAAUUAAUAUAUAUAGGCUAAAUAGCACUUUUGGUCCCCCACGUUUCAAAAAUGUGCAAUCUUAAUCCCCCACGUUUAAAAAUAGCAUAAUGGUACCUCAACGUUUAGCUCCGUUAGCAGUUUUGGUCCCUAAGCUAAUUUGCCGUUAGAAACUUAACGUUUUUGUUUGACAUGGCAUUUUUUUUCUGAUGUGGCAUUCAGACAUAACAUGUGAGGAUCACGUGAGUCUUAUCCUAACCUAAUCCAUUCCCAAUUGCAACUUGGUUCCAAAUCGCGACGGUGACGACCAAAUCGAGAGGAACGAAGCCCGGCGGUCGUGAAGGAACUGCGAUUGCGAGUGUGAGAAGACGGUUUCUGGGUAAGAAGGUCAUCGGUGGUGAGAAGGUGGUCCGAAGGCAAAAUCGAGAGGAAGGAAAUGGCGACCGACAAAAAAGGUGUGUCGAAGAAGACCCCUCGAAGGCCAAAGAAGAAAACUCCGACAAAAGAGACGGUGGUCCCAGAGACGGUGGUCCCAGAGAAGAUGGUCCCAGAGAAAACUCCGUUUUCAAAAUUGGACUUUUGGCUCAAUGGAGAUUUGCCCGCAAACUAUGUUUCCAGGCCUACUGCUCCCCAUAAGAUAACCAUGAGUGUGUAUCAUGGGGGUGAAUUGACAUUUGACCCAACUAUGCCCUAUCCAAGUGGGCUUUGCGAAGUCUGGCAUCCGUAUGAUGUGGAUCUCAUUUCAUCCAUUGAAUUGGGUAAGAUUGUAAAAUACCUGGGAUAUGCCAGGUUCAAAUGUUUGUGGUAUAGGCAUGUUCAAAGUAAUGGCUCUGUCAGCUUUAGUCCACUUUCCAAUGAUGAAGAGGUUAGACAAUUCAUUGAAGAUGUUAAAGAUAUAGCUGAAGUUGAUCUAUAUGUUGAACACAUAGUGGAAGAGGCAGAUAUUGUUCCUCUAAUUGCUUACAAGAGUGCUGAAGAUACUCCUGAUGUGUUGCAAGUUGAUUCUGAUAGUGAUGAUGAGGUAUUGCAAGACAAAGAAACUGAGGCUGUUCAAGUGAAGGAAGCUGAGUCUCAGGCAGUACAAGACAAGCUUCCUGAGGUUGUUCAAGACUUUGAUGCUGAGGUAAUUCAAGAGAAGGAGACUGAGACAGUCAAAGAGGCUGAGUUAGUGCAAGACAAGGAGGCUGAGGUUGAUGUUGUGGAAAAAGACAAGGGGGUAGAUAAGGGAAAAAGAAAGUCCAAUCAGGUUGUUCUCAGUGAUGAAGAUGAUAAUUCUGAUGCUGAAUUUGAUCCAGAUGAUGAAGACACACCCUCUGAUUUUUCAAUGGAUGACAGUGAUUAUGAAGAAGAUUGGGAUUGGCUCUGCGUGCUUCCUAAAGAGUCUCUGUUGAAUAUACCUGAGGCCACUCCAGAUCCAACUUUUGCAGAAGAUUCUACUGAGCCAUAUACACAAGCUGUGAAUGAGUCAAGUAACCAGGAGCCCAGUACAUAUGAGGACUUUCAAGAUGAGGAUGGUGAUUCUGAGGACUUAGAAAGUCCAUCAGAAAGUGAUGAUGAAGGAAAAGGUUCAAGGAAAUAUCCUAAGUUCAAGCCUACUGCAGAUGAGGAGUUUGUCCACCUUGUCCAGGUUAACAACAUGUGUGAGGCAUUUAAUAGGACCAUCCUGGAGCAUAGAGACAAGCCUAUUAUUACUCUGCUUGAGGGGCUCAAAUUUUACCUCACCAAUCGCAUUGUGAAGCAGAAUGAUCUAAUGCUUAGGUGGAGAAAUAGUCAGUUGUGUCCACUGAUUCAGAAAAAGCUUGAUGCAAUAAAUGACUAUUCAGAAGGCUGGAGACCUAACUGGAAUGGUGACACUGUACAUGGACUAUUUGAAGUUGAGAGGGACAAGGAUAAGUAUGUUGUCAAUGUUGCUCUCAGGUCAUGCGCUUGUAGGAGAUGGGACCUGACUGGGAUUCCCUGUGUGCAUGCUGUGGCUUGUAUGUGGUAUAAUCACCAUGUUCCAGAGAAUUAUGUGGACAUGGCAUACAGAAGGCACACAUUUCUGAAUACCUACUCCCACAUAAUCCUCCCAAACAAUGGGCCCAAAUUAUGGCCAGAAGUGGAAGCUGCACCUCUAAAUCCACCUUAUGUGAGGAGGGCCCCGGGAAGGCCUAAAAAACAGAGGAACAAAGCAAAUGAUGAGCCUAGGAACCCUAAUAGGCUGAGGAGGAUUAGUUCCACUGUGAGAUGUAGAAGGUGUGGAGAGCCUGGACACAACAAGAGAACCUGCAAAGGUAAAACUGCAGCUGAUAGGACAAUCCCAGUAGGAGGCAAUCAGGCAAAUACUCAAGUUCUUCAACCUGAACAAAGAAGGACUCAAGGUACGGGGACUAGAACUAGAGGUCAGAGGAGGAAUGCUCAAUCUGAACCAGGGGAAUCUUCAGCUCAAGGUGCUGCAAAUUAUCAGCCUGCACCCACUCCUCCAGCAAAUUUCCAGUCUCAACAAACUGCUGCUCCAUCUUCUCAGCCUCAGCACAUAGCUACUGCAUAUUCUCAACCUGCACCUACUGCGACAACAUCCCAGCCAAAUGCACCAAGGAGGAGAGGAAGAAAGAGGAAUGCAGAAGCAAUUAGUGGCACUCAGUAGUGUUUUGGAUUGUGUGUUCAGAUUAGUGUUUUGGAUGGUCAUGUAAUGAACCUAUUGUCCUGUGGAUGGUGUUUUUAUAUAUAUGUUUUGGAUGGUCAUGUAAUGAACCUAUUGUCCUGUGGAAGGAUUUAUGUAUCUUUCUGGUAUAGACCAAUAAUGUAGUGUUUCUGGUUGUGUUUUUGGACCAACUUUGUUGAACAGUAUAUAGCAUUGUUGGUG